AUGAAAAUCAAGGCCAUCAGCCGCUCGGUGGCCUCGCAGCAGGCCCCUGGGUCCGACACGUCGAAGCAGUCUCGCAACCUCGACUCGGCGCUGCACCCGUUUGAGCGCGCGCGCGAGUACAAGCGCGCGCUCAACGCCGUCAAGCUCGAGCGGAUGCACGCGUCGCCCUUCAUCGCGCAGCUGGGCCGUGGCCACGUCGACGGCGUCUACUCCAUCGCCAAGGACCCGGGGUCGCUGGAGCGCUUCGCGAGCGGCAGCGGCGACGGCGUGGUCAAGGUCUGGGACCUGGCGGGCCGGGAGGAGGCCUGGCACACGACGGCGCACGAGAACAUUGUCAAGGACAUGGCGUGGACGCGCGACGAGAAGCUGCUGACGUGCGCGGCCGACCGCACCGUCAAGCUCUUUGACCCGUACCACACGCCCAGCGACUCGGCGCCCAUCUCGUCGUGGCUCGGCGCCGGCGCCUUCACGUCGCUCUCGCACCACCGCUCCCGCGCGGCCUUUGCCGCGGCGUCGAGCGCCAUUUCGAUCUACGACCUGGAGCGGCACACGGCCGCGCCCGAGGUGCUGCGUUGGCCGACGUCGACGGACACCAUCACCGGCGUGGCCUUUAACCAGGUCGAGACGUCGAUCCUGGCGUCGUGCGCGACGGACCGCUCCGUGGUGCUCUACGACCUGCGCACGUCGACGCCCGUCGCCAAGACGGUGCUCAGCUUCGCCACCAACCGCAUCGCCUGGUCGCCGAUGGAGGCCUUCAACAUGGCGACGGCGUCCGAGGAUCACAACGUCUACCUCUUCGACAUGCGCCGCUUCGACCGCGCCCUCAACGUGCUCAAGGACCACGUCGCCGCCGUCAUGGACGUCGAGUUCUCCCCCACCGGCCAGGAGCUCGUCACCGCCUCCUGGGACCGCACCGUCCGCCUCUGGCACCGCGACCGCGGCCACUCGCGCGACAUGUACCACACCAAGCGCAUGCAGCGCGUCAUGGCCGCCAAGUGGACGCCCGACAGCAAGUACGUUCUCUCCGGCUCCGACGACGGCAACGUCCGCCUCUGGCGCGCCAACGCCUCGGCCCGCGAGGGCGUCAAGUCGGCCCGCCAGCGCCAGGCCCUCGAGUACAACGACGCCCUCGUCGAGCGCUACGGCCACAUGCCCGAGAUUCGCCGCAUCAGCCGCCACCGCCACAUCCCCACCGUCGUCAAGAAGGCGACCGACAUCAAAAAGGACGAGCUCAAGUCCAUCAAGCGAAAGGAGGAAAACGAGCGCAAGCACACCAAGAAGCAGUUCGAGAAGAGACAGAGCGAGAGAGAAAAGAUGGUCUUGGCGAGGCAAAAGUAG